CAAACAGGAAAAGAAAAGACCCACAGGAGAGUCAGGUUAUGCGUGCUGGACCGUGUGAAGAAGCCUUCAAUAAAUGUGACCUGCAAGGACUCAGAUGUCACUUUUACCUGCAUUCCUCAAAACAUGCAGAAACCAGAUGAUUCACAAUACAAAUGGUUCCAGAAUGGGAAUCAGAUUAACGAAACGGGAAUCAACCUAAAAAAAAAGAUUGUGGAAAUGAAAAAAGUCCAGUUUUCCUGUGAAGUUUACAACAAGAUAAGCAAUGAAAGAAGUGAUCCUGUGGUGAAUAUGUGCUUUGAACCUGUGAGGAAGCCUGAAAUAAAUACAACUUGUAAGAGCUCAGAGGUCUUCUUUACCUGCAAUGCUGCUCAGCAGGCUGAUGAUGCACAGUACAAGUGGUUCCAGAAUGGGGAAGUGAUCCACAAUGAAAUAAAAAUCUCAUUGAUAAGAACAAUUUCAGAAAGUAAAAACAUGAACUUCUCCUGUGAAGUUUAUAAUGAUGGCAGCUCUGAAAAGAGUUUAUCUUUGAGUCAUAACUGUGUUUACAAUAUUCUUCCAGGCAUUCCAGAUGAGUUAUUUGGAAUCAGCACCUGGAUUUUUAUUGCUGGUGGGGGAGGUUUUCUUCUAGUGUUGAUCAUCAUCAUUGUGUGCUGCUGUGUCAUAUGUAAAAAGAAAAAGAAGCUCCGGGAGAAUGAUGAGGAGGAGCUUGAAUACCGAGGAGCAAAGAGAUCAACAUCAUCCUAUUGCUCCCCCUGAUCAUCGUCUUUAUAUUUUUACAUCAUUAUCACCAACAGACAUAGAGCAUCUGAAGAUCCACCACUUUACAUAUAAGUACACAUAAAACCACAUAUUUAGAAACACUGAUUUGAAGGACAUUGUCUUUUUUCUAACUGUGAGGUGUUAUAUCAGACUAAACUUUUGUCAUUUAAGGUCUGUGUUUGUUUUCAAAAUCAUAUCUGUUCGUUAAACACCCAAAUUCUUUGAAUACUUUGGAAAUUUUGCUAUUUCAGCCCCAUUUUAAGAGAAAAAUACAAGUAUAUAUUAAGAUCAACCACUUCAAGUCAAUUUAUUGAGAUUAUACUCAUAGACUAUACAGUGAUUCCUAAAAGGGGGUACGCAUACUCGUGAGUGCAUUGCAAGUGGUAAAUGAAAAUAUUUUUUUAGGUAGUAAAAUAAAAUAGGGCUAGGAUCUGUUUUUCUUCAUGACGACCCAACUGAAAAAUAAAACCAAAACCAAUCUGCUUUGUUUGAUGCUGUUGAUCAGUAAAAAUCUCGUAUCAUUCCACCAUUUAUUAAGUCAAAAACUUUUUGAUGAUGUACUGACCUGAAAGAGGAAAAGUAAUUUAAUGUCGACAGGGAAGAAAAAAGUGAUAUUAAAAGGUUCAAACUAUGUAUAUGAAGAUAUUUAUCAUAGUACAUGCUUAUGUUUUUUAAAAACAUUAUUUUUAAACAUGUUAAGCUGUUUAAAAUAGAUGAUAAAUGUGCAACUUUAACGUUAUUGAUUUCUCUGUUUCUUUUUUCUUUUAAUUUUGCUGUUUAUUCAACUAACUUUACCAAUUUAGCUGAAGCCUAAGGUCCAUUGACUGUAGAUUUGAUCUUUUGAGACAAAAACAGCAACUGCAUGACAAUAUCUAAUGUCCCACUGAAAGUAUAAACAAUUUCAUUUAUUAUAUUUGUAAGAUCUAGUCCUACUGUAAAACCGUUACUUUUGUUUUUGUUUUGUUUUUUUGUUUUCCAACCAGCUUCAGCUUCUUACAGUCAUUAAAUAUGGUCUUCUCUGCAGUACUCCAGGCUUUUCUAAAUGUCCAAAUAUGUUUUCUAUGGACUUUUGCAUUGCAUUUUAACUCAUUAUAAUUCCUGUUUCUGAAAGUUUUAUUUUGAUUUUGAAGGAAUCUGUUUUAAUUCUGCAUAAAACAUCAGAGAACAUUUUUAAAUAAGAUAUGUAGUUACUUUUUUGCUUGAAUUCUCCCACAAUAGUUUCAGAGAUGCAGCCUUACAGCCAUUUUAGUAAUUACACAUAUUGUGACAGAAUUUCUUUGGCUGUAAACAAAAAAAAUUAAACUUGAUGUAAAUAAAUACUUGAAAUAUUUAUUCAUUUGCAUCUUACAAAUUUCUAACUAAAAUGACUUUUUUCGACAUCAGCCAUAAUAAUCACACUCACUGUAAAUAAACACUUUAAAUGUAUUAUUGUGUGAAAUGACUGUGAAAGUUUCGGUUUUAAAGCUGCCUUCCGAAAAAUAAAACAACGACA